AUGGUGAUGUAUGCAAGGAAACCAACAAGACUCAGUGAUGGGUGCACCGACAGAAGGGAUUCACAGUCCUAUCAGACCCAUAAAUCUCAGCCGAAGAGCCAGACCAGCAGCAUUCACCGUUACGACAAGGUGCGCGAUGGCUCAUCAGAGUCCACGCCCCCAUAUAAAAUGCUGCGGUGCUCAGAUGAAAGUCCUUCCAGCAGACAUGGAGAUGGCACAGGACAUAAGUCAAAAAUCCCCCACACGGUUCGAGCUAAAAAUGGGACCAGUGACUCUCCUCAUGAAAACUCUCAAAACAACAGCUACCACCAUGGUGCCGAAUCACAUUCAACUUCAACUCAGAGCAAGCCAGCAGAGCGAGACCCUGCAGAUGACUGGACGGAACACAUUAGCUCUUCUGGGAAAAAGUACUACUACAACUGUAGGACUGAGGUCUCCCAGUGGGAGAAGCCCAAGGACCUGUUGGAAAGAGAGCAACGGCAGAAAGAUCCAGUUAAGUUGGCGGCAAACAGCUUCCCGAGGGACAUGGACUACAGACAAGAGUCCUUGCAGGACAAAGCAACAAAGAAUACUUCAGGGGGCCAGACCAAUGCAGCCAAUCCAAGCCCCAGCCCCAUGUCCUCUACUUCUCAAAACCUAAACACAACUUCUACCACAUCUGCCACAUCCUCGUCCUCCACUACUGGACAAUUAAGUCAAAAUGCCCAAUCUUCACCGCCACUGCUUCAAGACCCAGCCCUCCUGCGCCAGCUCCUGCCUGCACUUCAAGCUACUCUGCAAAUGAACAACGGCGGGAUGGACAUGGCUAAGCUUAAUGAGGUCUUGGCAGCUGCGGUCACCCAAGCUUCCUUGCGGUCUGUGCUUCAUAAGCUCCUUACUGCUGGACCUGCUUUCAACAUCCCUGCUCUGCUCUCAGCUGCUCAGCACGCCAACCAAGCACAGCACUCAAGUCAGUCCCCUGCAUCUCUGACGUCAGACACAUCGUCCCCACGACCUUAUGUGUCACCACGGAAUGGCACCCCGCAGAGCAACCAGAAAAACCUUCAGAAUGUUUACUCGAGCAGUAUUGCAUCCUCGCAGACUAGGGGCAGUACAUCUUCAGCUAAACAAAGUUCUGCCCCUCAGACUCAGACCACAGAGAAGCGUCCUGAAGACCCUAGGACCCUCCAGCAAAGAAGCCAUGAAAUUCCCUCGUCUGGCUCAAACACAGCUGGUGCAAUGUUGUCCCAUCCUACAUCCAGCAGCAACACUCAAAGUCAAUCUGACACUCCCACAUCCUUCACACCCUCCCUGGCAACUCACUUUGAUGAGAAUCUCAUCAAACAUAUCCAAGGAUGGCCUUCAGAUAACACUGAGAAACAGGCGGCCCGGCUGCGUGAGGACAUCCACAACAUGGGAAGCCUCUAUAUGUCAGAGCUUUGCACGGAGAUGAAAAACCUUCGCUCCCUGGUCAGAGUCAGCGAAAUCCAAGCCACACUGAGGGAGCAAAGAAUCCUGUUUUUGAGACAACAAAGCAAAGAGCUGGACAAGCUGAAGAACCAGAACUCUUACAUGGUCUGA